GCGGGGCCGGGGACUCGGCGGGGUGCCGGCCGGCGGGCGGAGACGGACCCGGGAUCCGUCCGAGCAGGAAGCGAGCCGGGGACCGGUCACCGCCGCCGCCCCGUUCCGGUGCCGGUCCGCGUCGUCGCCCUCUCUCCUCGCCCUCCGCACCCCCCCCCCCACCUCCCCUCCCGCCUCACCGGCGACAGGUAGCCCCGCCGCCGCACACCUGCCCUCGCGUCCGCACAGCCACAGCAGGCAAGGUCCCAGCAGGAAGGAGAUUUCAUCCCGGAUGGUGCAGAUGAAGAGCCUGCAGGGGCAGGGAGCAAGCACGGGGUGGUGAAGCACCCAGGGAACAGCAAUGGAGAUAGUGGAUAAGCUCCCUUCAGAAAUGGAGGACGGGAAGCCCGUUUGGGCACCGCACCCUACGGAUGGAUUUCAGAUGGGCAAUAUCGUGGAUAUUGGCCCUGACAGCUUAACGAUUGAACCCUUGAACCAAAAAGGCAAGACAUUUCUGGCUCUCAUAAACCAAGUGUUCCCUGCAGAAGAGGACAGUAAAAAAGAUGUGGAAGAUAACUGUUCAUUAAUGUAUUUGAAUGAAGCCACACUGCUCCACAAUAUCAAAGUUCGAUACAGUAAGGACAGAAUUUACACGUAUGUGGCCAACAUUCUGAUUGCAGUGAACCCAUACUUUGACAUACCUAAAAUAUAUUCUUCAGAAACAAUAAAGUCGUACCAAGGAAAAUCUCUUGGGACGAUGCCACCUCAUGUCUUUGCAAUUGCUGAUAAGGCUUUUCGAGACAUGAAGGUGCUCAAGAUGAGUCAGUCUGUCAUUGUAUCUGGAGAAUCAGGAGCUGGCAAAACGGAAAAUACAAAAUUUGUUCUAAGAUAUCUGACUGAAUCGUAUGGAACCGGUCAAGACAUUGAUGAUAGAAUUGUCGAAGCUAACCCACUCUUAGAAGCCUUUGGAAAUGCAAAGACUGUUCGCAACAAUAAUAGCAGUCGAUUUGGGAAAUUUGUGGAAAUACAUUUCAAUGAAAAGAGUUCAGUUGUUGGAGGAUUUGUUUCACAUUAUCUUCUAGAGAAAUCUAGGAUCUGUGUUCAAGGCAAAGAGGAAAGGAAUUAUCAUAUCUUUUAUAGGUUGUGUGCUGGUGCUUCUGAAGAUACUAGGGAAAGACUUCAUUUGAGCUCCCCAGAUAAUUUUCGGUAUUUAAACCGAGGCUGCACUAGAUACUUUGCUAACAAGGAAACUGACAAACACAUUUUACAGAACCGAAAAAGUCCUGAGUAUCUUAAGGCAGGUUCCUUGAAAGAUCCUUUGUUAGAUGACCAUGGAGAUUUUAUUAGAAUGUGCACAGCCAUGAAGAAGAUUGGUUUGGAUGAUGAAGAAAAGCUUGAUCUGUUCCGGGUGGUAGCUGGCGUCCUGCACCUUGGAAAUAUUGAUUUUGAGGAAGCCGGCAGCACUUCAGGUGGCUGUAAUCUGAAGAAUAAAUCUACUCAGUCAUUGGAGUAUUGUGCUGAGUUACUGGGUUUGGAUCAAGAUGAUCUUCGUGUAAGUUUAACUACAAGAGUCAUGCUAACAACAGCAGGAGGCACCAAAGGAACAGUGAUAAAGGUACCCCUGAAAGUGGAGCAAGCAAACAAUGCCCGGGAUGCCUUGGCAAAGACUGUCUAUAGCCAUCUUUUCGAUCACGUGGUCAACAGGGUAAAUCAGUGUUUUCCUUUUGAAACAUCAUCCUAUUUUAUCGGAGUCCUAGAUAUUGCUGGAUUUGAGUACUUUGAACGUAACAGUUUUGAACAAUUUUGCAUCAACUACUGCAAUGAAAAACUUCAACAGUUUUUUAAUGAAAGGAUUCUGAAGGAGGAACAAGAACUCUAUCAAAAGGAAGGUUUAGGUGUGAAUGAAGUACAUUACGUGGAUAACCAGGACUGUAUAGAUUUAAUUGAAGCAAAAUUAGCGGGAAUACUGGAUAUUUUGGAUGAAGAAAAUCGCCUUCCCCAGCCAAGUGAUCAGCACUUUACAUCUGAAGUUCACCAGAAGCACAAAGACCAUUUCCGACUCUCUAUUCCCAGAAAGUCUAAGCUGGCAGUUCACAGGAACAUCAGAGAUGACGAAGGUUUCAUCAUCAGGCAUUUCGCAGGGGCAGUGUGCUAUGAAACAACUCAAUUUGUGGAAAAAAAUAACGAUGCUUUACAUAUGUCUCUUGAGUCCUUAAUAUGCGAAUCCAGGGAUAAAUUUGUCCGGGAAUUAUUUGAAUCAUCCACAAAUAACAACAAAGAUACGAAACAAAAAGCAGGAAAACUUAGCUUCAUCAGCGUGGGAAACAAGUUUAAGACACAGUUAAAUUUGCUUCUGGAUAAACUUCGAAGUACUGGAGCAAGCUUUAUUCGUUGUAUCAAGCCUAAUUUAAGGAUGGCAAGCCACGACUUUGAAGGAGCUCAAAUUUUGUCUCAACUUCAAUGUUCAGGUAUGGUGUCUGUUUUGGACUUGAUGCAGGGCGGUUUCCCAUCGCGGGCUUCAUUUCACGAACUCUACAACAUGUAUAAGAAGUAUAUGCCAGAUAAACUCGCAAGAUUAGAUCCAAGACUAUUUUGUAAGGCUCUUUUUAAAGCUUUGGGCUUAAAUGAAAUCGACUACAAGUUUGGGUUAACAAAAGUGUUUUUUAGACCUGGCAAGUUUGCAGAAUUUGAUCAGAUUAUGAAGUCCGACCCUGACCACUUAGCAGAGCUGGUCAAGAGGGUCCAUCACUGGCUCAUCUGCAGCCGCUGGAAGAAGGUUCAGUGGUGCUCACUGUCUGUCAUCAAACUGAAAAACAAAAUAAAAUAUCGAGCUGAAGCCUGCAUUAAAAUGCAGAAAACUGUUCGAAUGUGGCUUUGCAAAAGACGACACAAACCUCGCAUUGAUGGCCUGGUUAAGGUGGGCACACUGAAAAAACGGCUUGAUAAAUUUAACGAAGUAGUAAGUGCACUGAAAGAUGGAAAACCAGAGAUGAAUAAACAGGUCAAGGACCUUGAAAUUUCUAUUGAUGCUUUAAUGGCCAAAAUUAAGUCCACCAUGAUGACAAGGGAACAAAUACAAAAAGAAUAUGAUGCGCUAGUUAAAAGCUCAGAGGUCCUCCUCAGUGCAUUACAGAAAAAAAAGCAGCAGGAAGAGGAAGCAGAAAGGCUGAGGCGUAUCCAAGAAGAAAUGGAAAAAGAAAGGAAAAGACGUGAAGAAGAUGAACAACGUCGAAGAAAGGAGGAGGAGGAAAGGCGGAUGAAACUUGAGAUGGAAACAAAGAGAAAGCAAGAAGAAGAAGAGAGAAAGAAAAGGGAAGAUGAUGAAAAACGUAUUCAGGCGGAGGUGGAGGCGCAGCUGGCCCGGCAGCGGGAGGAGGAGUCCCAGCAGCAGGCGGUCCUGGAGCAGGAGCGCCGAGACCGGGAGCUGGCGCUGCGGAUCGCGCAGAGCGAGGCGGAGCUCAUCAGCGACGAGGCGCAGGUGGACCCGGUGCUGCGCAGCUUGGAUUCCCAUCCAGUAACUUCUAAGAUUAAUGGAGCAGGACCCAAAAUAACACCGGAACAAAUGGCGAAAGAAAUGUCAGAAAUUUUGAGUAGAGGCCCUGCUGUACAAGCCACCAAGGCGGCUGCUGGUACCAAGAAAUAUGAUCUUAGUAAAUGGAAAUAUGCAGAACUACGUGAUACCAUCAAUACUUCUUGUGAUAUUGAGCUCCUGGCAGCUUGCAGAGAAGAAUUUCAUAGGAGACUAAAAGUGUAUCAUGCUUGGAAAUCCAAGAACAAGAAGAGAAAUACUGAAACAGAGCAACGUGCUCCAAAGUCUGUUACUGAUUAUGAUUUUGCGCCAUUUUUGAACAAUUCACCUCAGCAGAACCCGGCAGCUCAGCUCCCCGCCAGGCAGCAGGGGAUCGAGAUGAACCGACAACAGCGCUUCUUCCGCAUCCCGUUCAUCCGCCCUGCGGACCAGUACAAGGACCCGCAGAAUAAGAAAAAAGGCUGGUGGUAUGCCCACUUUGAUGGACCGUGGAUUGCCCGGCAGCUGGAGCUUCAUCCGGACAAGCCACCCAUCCUCCUCGUGGCCGGUAAGGAUGACAUGGAGAUGUGUGAGCUGAAUCUUGAAGAGACAGGCCUGACUCGAAAGUGCGGUGCUGAGAUUUUGCCAAGACGGUUCGAAGAAAUUUGGGAACGCUGUGGAGGCAUCCAGUAUCUUCAGAAAGCAAUUGAGAGCAGACAGGCCAGGCCCACCUAUGCCACGGCCAUGCUGCAGAAUCUGUUAAAGUAGAAAUUGCACUAGCCUUGCAGCUGGGAGCCCUUGCCAUGGCACUAGGUAGGGAGUGUGUCCCAGAGAUUUAACCAUUCCAUGAUCAAGUUAGAAUUACUUAUGCAAAGUGAACAGAUUUUAUUAAUCAUGGUUUUUUGUUAAUUUAAGGUUAAUUAUGGUAGUGAAUUUGGGACCUAAAAAUUAUUUUCCUGUAUCCAGCUGUAACUGUUAGACCUCUCAUUAUUGUAAUACUUGUUACACUUGGACAGACUCUUGACAUUUCUCCUUCUUUGCCAACAGACUACCUUAAAUCCAUCGUAGUUGUUCUUUAGGAAAAGAAGUUUUUAAAAAAUGCAGAAUUCUUGCUUUUUAAGGAUGGCAUAGUACCGUAUAACUGGAAUAAAGAAAACUUAGCUUUAAUUUUCAUACAAAAAAUUAAGGCACUUAAAAUGAUCAAGGCACUGAUAUUUUGAUCUGAAAGCUGUGUACUUUCUUUACUAACUUUUUCCGAAACUCAUGGAAAUUUCCAUCAAAGGUGGAAAUUUUUAUUUUUUCCCCCCUCUUUUGCAGUGUCUUAGUUUGAGUAAAGCAAUUUACCUGAAGUUCUAGAAUUCUGGAGAGAGCCUUGAUGUAUUUGAUGCAAUCUGUGAUAAAGAAGGUACAUAGUAUCCUGCACAGAUGUGUUUUGCUUUUCUAUCACAUAGUGUUGCUGUAAGAAUAUGUUCUUAUAUUCCAUGGACAAAUAAAGGAAAUUCAGAUCAUUUAAAUGCUUGAAAGUUCUGAGAUAACUUUGUUUCAUUUAGAAAAGGAAAUAGGUUUUAGGUGGCAGUUUGGCUUAACUGGACUGAAUUCAAAUAUUCUUUCAAUUUCAUCUCAGUUGUGAUUUUGUGUCAGAAUCUUGUCCAAGUUGUUUCAUGUGAUUUAAACUAGUAUUCUGCUUCAAAACACCUUUGUUUUUUAAAAAAAUUCCUAUUGUCUUUUUUGGCCUUCGAGAUUUUGGUAAUUGUAGAGCUCUUUUAUAAGCCUUGUAAUUCAAAAACCCUGCACUGAGGAAUUGCUUGUUUCAUAUAACUGAUAAUUAAAAAAAAGGUUUUGUGUGCUGUUUAGUUUUGAUCAAAUGUCAGCAGUUUCAAGCCUAAUAUUUAUGACUGUCAUAUUAGGAAUUUGGAAACAAACAUACAUCAAGGAGUUAUGUUGACAUAAUCCUAAGGAGUCUUGUUUGUAUUUUAGAAUAAAAUUAGAAAAUAAAAUUACUCUCUGUACUUUUUUUCCCCUGAUGUUUAAAGACCCUAACCUUUGAAAUGAAUUUCCAGUGAUUUUUUUUUUUUUUUUUCCCCUAGAAAGAGUACCUCAGUUAGGAAAGUAUUUCCCAGCUGAUUGGAUUAGUGCUUGUGAGCUGGGCACUGUUUUCAGAAUUGCUUCUCUCAUUAUAUGUUUUAGUAUAGAGAUAUUUAUUUAUUAUGAUACUGUGCAAACGAUCGUCUUCUGUUAGAGAAAGUAAAUGGUCCUGUCUGUACUGUUGAGAAUGUGAAUGUGAUUAUCUUUUUAAGGCUGUAUUACUGCAUAGACUCACGCACCCUUGGGUCAUUUGGUCCCUGUGAUUUGGUGACAGACGGUCUGGUUACUGAAAAUAAAUGUCCUGUUCUCCCUCUUCUUA